AUGAAGACGGUACGAAGAAGGGUGGUGACACAAUGGCGACAGAGAUCAACGGAUGGUAGGACUGCUCCGCCCCGUGUACCGCCUCCGAAAAACCGAAUAAUUGCAACGAACUGUCCGCCGUCAGUUCACCCAAACCGACAGGCACAAUUGAGACGGGAAAUUGAGCUAUUACGAAUAGGAUGUUGGGAGAAAAUGGUUUAUUCUGGGGUAGAGGCCGCAUUAAAUCCAUGUUGUUUUCAUCCUAUAAAUCCGCGGUGUUUCGACAGUAAUAGGUAA